CAUAACUGCGAAAUUUAUGAACGCUAAAACAGUUGAGCGCAAAUUUUCAUACAGAGUGUUGUGAUUAAAUAUCUACAGAAUUGUAUUUCUCAAACAAUUGGGUAUAAUCCCAUCAAAAUUUGAAUUGUUUAGUGAAAUGGAUAACAAAACAAUGAUAACAGUUGUAUCAGUUCACAGUCCUUUAAUACAGUUUUCUUCUUCUGGAAGUUACUACACAUCAUAUGCCAUAAGCUUAAAGAGCAAUGACCCUUGUUUCUCACAAUCAUAUUCUCAAGUUCGGCGAAGAUAUUCUGAAUUUCAACAUUUACGCCGUCUGUUAGAAUCUCAUUUUCCUACAAUGAAAGCACCUGUUCUUCCUCCAAAAAGUUUCUUUAAUAGAUUCAGUGAUGCUUUCAUUGAUGAAAGGAAAAAAGGUCUUCAGAUUUUCCUUGACAAAGUAUUAUCAACCCUUGUGUAUUUAUCUGACAAAAGUUUACACCUAUUUCUGCAAAGUACAUGCAGUAUGAAUCAAAUUGAUGAAGAAUGUAUUGGUGAUAUUCCAGCACCUCAACUAAUGGAUAUCAAAUCGGAUUUUUCAGAUCAAUCAGAUACCAGUUCUUCUCAAUCUUCAUGUCCUCUAGAAGUAUGUCCAGUGGUUGUAGUGUCAAGUGAAGAUGAAGACGCACCGGCUACAGUAAAUGUAGAAAUUAGUAAAGGGAGGCCUAUCUCAACAACUCAAACCAAAUCCCGAACCAUCUCUACUUCAUUGAACUUUAACAGCAAACCACUUACCAUUCCAAGACGCCUGGGGAGUUUAGACUCUAGUCCUGCUUCAUCUUUAUCUAGUCUGGAUACUAGCUACAGCCCAACAUACGAUAAUAAAAGAAAAGUAUCAUUCAAUCAAAAUGUGACAGUUGCUGUGGUUUAUAAUCAGCUGUGGAAUAUUGGCACCAGGCCAAUAAGAACUGAUGCAUGAAUUUCUAACCUCUCAUUGUAUGGGCAUAAAGCUAGAACAAAAAAAUGAGAGGCUCUUUUGUCAUACACACUAUUUAUUUUUUAACAUUUUAUUAUCGUUCCAUCUUUAACUUAAACUUAAAGGACUUUUCUAACAGAAUGUGACUGCUGCUACGGUUUAUAAUCAGACCUGAACAUAUCUGUCUUUGAAUAAGAAUAUGAUGAUUCACUACCAGGCGUGAACAACGCAUGUGUCAUGCAGUCUCUUAAGAUCAUAAUUGUUACUGUGAUUUGAAAUCAGACCUGUGCAACUGCAUCUUUUACUGUUGCUACGAUUUACAGUCACGCAUAAAAAUAUUUUUUAGGAGAAUAUGAUUGUUUGAUUUGCAAUCAAACUAUCAAAAAAUUGCAUUUUUUAAAAUUAAUCUAAGAUUGAUCUGGCUUUUUAUUAUCAGUUUUAAUGAAAGUAUCAGUACUAUUUUUUUUAAAGAAAUGCUUGAAUUUAAAACUCAUUAUGAACCAGCUUUAUCGUACUUUUAAUAUUCUUAAUAAUUGAUAACUUAUAUAAAUUAGUUCAUUCAUAAAUAAUGUGAAUUUUUUUUUUUUUUUUUUGCAUGUGAUAUUUCUAGUCAAGUAAAAAAAAAAUCUAUCAAUGGAUUUUGCGUUAAAAAAGGUUUGAAAAAGCAGAAAAUUGUUCGUAUAUUCAAAAAAUGCGAAUAAUAUCUUUAUUUAAUUUUGUUAUACAACAGAGUCUUAAAAUAUAUAAUUUAAUUGGAAAUUAUUUAAUUUUUUAGUAUUGUCUCUGUCUGAACUUAGACAAUUCAUGGACAUUUCGUUCUUAAUUUAUUUUUUCAAAGGUGCAUAAUUGUAUUUGUAAUUAAUAAAAUCGAGGAGAAUGUUAAAUCUACUAGUAAUAAUUAUUACGACAUAACUUUUCAAAGCAAAUAUAUUUCUUAAACAGAAUUUACUAUAAUUUCAAUUGUUUUUUAGAAUUUUAUAAGUAUAUAUUUAUCUUUAGAAAUAUAUCUCUUAAAGACAAAUAUCUAAAAAACAAAUUUAUUAAAUUAUGCAAAGCAUCAAUUUUAUAGUUCCUAUUUAAAAUUCAUGUUAAAUUUAUUUCAUAUAAAUUUUUAUAAUGUAAUUUUUGUAUAGGGUAUACUGCUAGUUUUGUGUUGCUUGAUAACUAAAACAGAAAAAACAAACAAUUAAAGAUUUUUCUUAUUUGUAAUUGAUUGUAUUUAGCGUUUCAUAUUGAUGUUUCUCCUUUGCAAAAUAAAAGCUUUGCCCAUAUGAUGUUUUGUUAAAUGCAUACUUGUAAUUCGUGAGUAUUCUCCUCUUCACAGAAAAUUAAAUUCAAAAAAUAUAGUAAGAAAAACAACAACAACAAAAAAAAAUCCCAACUAUAUAAAAUUUCAUUAGCAAAUGUAUUUGCUACAAAUUUAUGACACCAAUAAUCAUAUAAAUAGCUUUUUUACAUUUGUAACAUUUUUUGCUAUCCAUCAUACUUAUUUAUAUUUUCAUGUGUACAUCUCGUUGUUUUUAUUUCUUCUUUGUAAAUACGUACAAAUCAUUUUGAAUUUUAUCAGUUCAUUGAGAUGCCAAUGUACUCAUUUUUGUAAUCAUUAAUAUUAAAACUAUUUUAUUUUUAAAA